GGCCGAGCGGAGGAGCGCGGGAGGGGGGCCGCGGGAGGGAGCGAGAGCGCCGGGAGGGGGAGGAGAACUGACGUCAGCGGGAGAGUAUUAUGGUCUGUCGUGCGCUGGCUGCUGCUUUUCUGCUCCUGGAAGCGGCCAAGGGGGGAAGCGGCGAGUCAACAUGGAGCUUUCAGCGGUGGGGGAGCGGGUGUUCGCGGCCGAAGCCCUCCUGAAGCGGCGCAUACGGAAAGGACGCAUGGAAUACCUCGUGAAAUGGAAGGGAUGGUCGCAGAAGUACAGCACAUGGGAACCAGAGGAAAACAUUCUGGAUGCUCGCUUGCUCGCAGCCUUUGAGGAAAGGGAAAGAGAGAUGGAGCUCUAUGGCCCCAAAAAGCGUGGACCCAAGCCCAAAACCUUCCUCCUCAAAGCGCAGGCCAAGGCAAAGGCCAAAACUUACGAGUUUCGAAGUGACUCAGCCAGGGGCAUCCGGAUCCCCUACCCUGGCCGCUCGCCCCAGGACCUGGCCUCCACUUCCCGGGCCCGGGAGGGCCUUCGAAACAUGGGUUUGUCCCCGCCAGCGAGCAGCACCAGCACCAGCAGCACCUGCCGCGCAGAGGCCCCUCGGGACCGGGACCGGGACCGGGACCGGGAUAGGGACCGGGAGCGGGAUCGAGAAAGGGAGAGGGAGCGGGAACGUGAGAGGGAACGAGAGCGGGGUACCAGCAGAGUGGACGACAAGCCCAGCUCACCGGGGGACAGCUCGAAGAAGCGGGGCCCCAAGCCCCGGAAGGAGCUCCCGGACCCCUCACAGAGGCCCUUAGGCGAACCCAGCGCCGGCCUCGGAGAGUACCUCAAGGGCAGGAAGCUGGACGACACCCCUUCCGGGGCAGGAAAGUUUCCAGCCGGCCACAGUGUGAUCCAGCUGGCCCGAAGGCAGGACUCGGACCUGGUGCAGUGUGGUGUGACCAGCCCUAGCUCAGCUGAGGCCACGGGCAAGCUGGCUGUGGACACCUUCCCGGCCAGGGUGAUAAAGCACAGGGCUGCCUUCCUGGAGGCCAAAGGCCAGGGUGCCCUAGAUCCCAAUGGCACCCGGGUCCGACAUGGCUCAGGCCCCCCCAGCUCUGUGGGGGGCCUGUACCGGGACAUGGGGGCCCAGGGGGGAAGGCCCUCCCUCAUCGCCAGGAUCCCUGUGGCCAGAAUCCUGGGGGACCCGGAGGAAGAGUCCUGGAGCCCCUCCCUGACUAACCUGGAGAAGGUGGUGGUCACGGACGUGACCUCAAACUUUUUGACCGUCACCAUUAAGGAAAGUAACACGGACCAAGGCUUUUUUAAAGAGAAAAGAUGAAUGCUGGGUGGGUGUGUCCAGGAGGAGAGCAGGGGAGAGAGUGAGCGUGAGCUUGGCAUAGUGAUUUUUAUUUCUGGGUGGGAUGUGGCCUUUUGGCUGGUCCCGUCCCUGAUGUCACCCCCACCCCACCAGCCCCUUUCAUCCCUCCUUCCUCCCCCUCAGUUUUUGUUGGAAAGAUUAUCUCUAGAGUUAUAUUUUCUAUUAGAUGUAAAUAUGUUAUUUAAGAAAAAUAUCUAAAUAUAUAUAUUUCAACUCUUGAAGUUGUUUUAUUUAAAGGAGAGAGACUCUCAUUGUGCUUUAGUUGGGGCAGCCCGAAUGAGCUGGGGCAGGAGGGGCCCCCUUGCCCCAGGGCUCUAGGGAAGUUGGGGCCUGGGUACAGGUUUCUGAGAGUGUCUGGAGGGGCUUGGCCUGCCCACCUCACCCCUCCUCCCUUCUCCCACAGCCCAAUGCCAGACUCCUGGCACCAAGGCCCGGCCCAGAUUUGCUCUCUCUUCCCAUUGGCCAGGCAGGCCAACAAAAGGUUGGCUCCCCAAUCAGAAAAAAGGGGGGGUGGGGUCAGUCUGUUUUCCUUUUUUCUAUUUUUUUUUUUUUUUAAGGUAAAGAAGUCUAUUAGGGAAAAACGUAUUAACUUGAAUAAGCUUUUCGUGUGUGAUGUUAAAGGUUAAAACGUCCCCAGCAGGCAGGGACAGGAGGUUUCUCCCCAGGACCACACCAGGAAAUGCACUUUAGGGAGGGGUGUGUGUGUGGUACACGCAGAUCGUGUGUAUGUCAUGUGGAUAAAAUCUCCCCGUUCCCUCGUUCCUUUCCUUACUCCGCAGAAAGAAAAGAAAUCCAGCGAAUCUGUUUACAUUCCCGAAAUGCCAGGAUAAAUUGGGAGGAUUGCGUGUCAGUGCUGAGAGUUCGAGACAGUUGUUUUACAAGAAAAGUGUUGGGGUGGACUUUUCCUUUUCGCGUCCUCUAGCUUUGCCAGGAGAAGAGACGGUGGCCCCCACCUCCCAGGAAGAGUUGGACAAGCCUCCCUGCCUGGGGAGGGCGGGCCGCCAGCUCUGUGGUGGACACAUGGCCAGACAGGCCCACCCUGCGGGACCCACGGAGGGAGGCGCGGCGGCGGGCGCUGGGCGGCGGGCGCUGCUGGGAGCAGUGGCUUCGCACCCAGGGCCUCUCCACGGCCAGGCUUGGAGUGUGGCGGAGGACCACGGCUCGGAGCUCGGAGCUGGGGCGAGACUCACCCCCGCGGCUCCGGCCGGGCACGGGAAGGAGGGGCGAGGCGGGGUUUUCAUCCAAGAAUGCGCAUCGGAACUUUUGCUUUUUCCUUUUUUUUCCCCCGUCCUUCUUAAAAGCAAAAGCUGUAAUUUAUAGGUCUUUUCGAUUCGCAGUGUUCUCUAUUUGAACUCGACAUUCAAACUCCGCCAAAGGGGGAGGGAGGAGCGGGAGUUGGGAGUGGGGAUGGCCGCGGCGGGGAAGGCCGUGCGAGGCGGCGGGGCCUGGGACGCCCCUGCCCGGCGGACUUGACCGCUCUGCGCUCCGAGGGCGCAGAAUGCGCGCCCCUCUUUUGACUCAAAAGCACAAAUCAGUCCCCUCCACUCCACCCCCGUCUCUUGGAGCACGGAUCCCGCAGCCUCCCUGCCCUCCCCGUCCUUAAAGGGCCAGCGAAGAUCUAACUUCCCAUUGCUUGUUGAGGGAGGGGCGCGGGGGCCCUGCACGCCAGAGGAAGCACAGACUCGGGGGGAGCGAGGCGGGGAGUCGGGGGUGGGGGAGCUUCGCGUGGGGUGGGGGGUGCUGGGAGGGAACCCCAGCCUCGUCCUCCGCACUCCCGGCUUCUCAGCCUCUCCUCCAGACUUUCUUGCCUUUAAAGAGAGAAAAGGAGGGAAACGGUGUACUACAUGAUUGUGUUUGUUUUUGAAUAUCAAAUUGCGCCUAUAAAGAGAAGCCCCUGGAAUGGGGAUUUUUAUCUACUCACAUUUGUAAAACUGGUAUUUUAGACUUUGUAUAAAGAAGCGCCGUUGACCGAGUGUAUCUAUUUAAAUGUCGAUGCUAUUUUCAGAUGAAACUUCACUGAAGGGGCAUGUCUGUUACCUAGUGGACGGGACUGGGGGAUACGCGUCUUCACCUGGCCGCCGCCUUCCCUUCUCUCCCGCCUGUCCUUUACUCCCACCUCCCUCCCUUCCUGGGGCUGACUUUGCCCCUUCCCUUGGACCUUCUUUCCAGCCAGCUCUGUCCCUACCGCCCCUCCGUCCUGCUGUUUGUCCGUGGCCGUGUGUGUAUGUGUCUCCUUCUCUCGCUCUUGCGACGCUGACCUGGGGGGUGGGUGGGCAGGGGCCGGGGGCCACGUGGCUGGGAGUCUGCAACCGCGCAGGAUGUGUGCGCUGUUGGGUUUAUUUAAUUCUAAGAUUUGUACAAAUCUCCAAUCGAUCUCCGCCUCAGCUCAAGAGUGAAGCUUCGGUACCUAUCUUCUGCGGUCGUGAAUGUCUGUAUCCAAUACCGCUUUUUACGUGUUUAAAUAUAUACUUUGUAAAUAGA